AUGGACAUUUUUGCUGAACAACAUAUUAAUCAAUUUCAAGAUCAAGACUUUCCAAAUAAAGUGCAGGAUCCGUUUCUGCGGUUUUCAAGUGAAGAGCAAAAACUUCCUUUUAGCCAGUUGCCAAGUGAAAUUCAGGAUCAUAAGAUCUCCAGUGAUAUACAAAAUGUGGAUAAAUUCUCUAUUGAAAUUGAAAAUCAAAAGCAAGAAUUUAAGGAUCCAGAAGAACUGCCCACUGAAAUUGUUGGUCCAGAGAAAAAGGAGCUUAGCAAUGAAACGCAGGAUAUUUCCGCCUCUGAACCACUGGUUAAUCCUCGUAGUCGCGUGAUUCCACCCAUGCCCUCGGAGGACACCAUGCGCCACUCCAUAGCCGACAGCCUCAUGGAGAUCCUGGUAAAUAUGACUAAUCCGCAGUACCGCCAACAGUGCUUUGAACUCUUGCAGGUGAGCGAUGCUCUGCAGGCGCGCAGUCGAAUCCUGGGCAUCCUGCAGCGAAUCGACGAGAAGCGUAGGAUGUCUACUUAGGUCAAAUUUAUCAUUAUAUCAUUUUACAAAGAUUUUUCGGAUCAAGACCUGCGUAUCUAUAUAAUUUAAGGCACGAUCCUGCGAAUGAUAAGCACCUAAAUCGAAUUGUACACCUUGCAUUGUCAUUAUGAGUUAAACAUUUAAUAAUAAAAACGUUGCGUGGCUAACAUUUAGGUUUUUUG